AUGCCUACUAUGAGCAGCAUGAAAGUCGUUCUUGGGACCAUGACUAUCGGCAGGCCGGGCCUUGAGGGUGCUCGAGUCCACACUCUGGACGACCUAUCCGCAAUGCUUGAUCUUUUCCAAGGACACGGCCAUUCGGAAGUCGAUACCUCGCGUGUCUACACAGCAGGCUCAUCAGAGGAGUACCUCGGCAACUCUCACUGGCAAAGUCGCGGUCUAAAGAUGCAGACAAAGGUCUAUCCAACAGCAGGGAAGGAUUUGGACAGCCUCACCCCCGAAGAAUAUACACAUUCACCGGAGGAUGUACGGAGAAGUCUGAUGAGCAGUCUCAAUGCGCUCAAGGCUGAUAAAAUUGACAUCUUUUAUCUGCACGCGCCCGAUCGAAAUAUUCCAUUCGAAGUCACUCUACGCGAGGUAAAUCAACUCUACCAGGAAGGCCGCUUUGCCCGCUUCGGAAUCAGCAACUUUAUGUCUUGGGAAGUCGCUGAGAUCUGCGAAAUAUGUUCCAACCACAACUGGGUGAAGCCUAGUGUCUACCAGGGAAUAUACAAUGCCCUGCAUCGCGCUAUCGAGCCUGAACUCAUCCCUUGUCUCCGUCGCUAUGGUAUCUCCCUGUAUGCGUUCCAGCCACUGGCAGGUGGAUUUCUCACCGAUAGGUACCAGCGUGAUACGAAGGAAUUUGUUGAGGGUUCACGAUUUGACCCCAAGCGGUGGCAAGGACGGGCGCAGCAGGGGCGGUAUUGGAAUGAAGCAUACUUCGAUGCUUUAGAUAUUAUACGUCCUGUGGCGAAGAGGCACGGGCUCACAGAGUCAGAGUGCGCUUUCAGGUGGCUAUCCCAUCAUUGUGGGUUGAAGAAGGAGCUAGGCGAUGCCAUCCUGGUUGGCGCCAGCAGUUUGGCCCAGCUUGAGGCAAAUCUGGUGGAGUUGGAAAAGGGGCCGCUGCCAGAGGAGGUUGUGCAAGCACUAGAUGAUGGAUGGCUGCAGGUCAGGGGAGGUGUCUUCAAGUACUGGCACUAA